UGAAUGUACGCAUGCGUUGCAUAUUUUUGACAGCGAUGGCGGACGAUAUUCCAAACAUUGCAUGAACGAUCAGGACUUCGAUUUGUUUUGAAAUCAGCAGAGGUAGAAAAAGAAUACAGUACAACAACAACCCUCUCCAGAAAUGUCUAAGUUGAAGCCGAGCUCUAAUGCGGAGUGUGUGAAGGUAGUGGUGAGAUGCAGACCUUUAGAUGAGAAGGAAAUUAGGGACGGACAUGAACGAAUUGUGGAUAUGGAUGUUAGUAAAGGAUCCAUUGUUAUCCAUAAUCCAAAGGGACCUAACUCUGAACCUCCCCGAACUUUCACCUUUGAUGCCGUGUAUGAUUGGAAUUCCAAACAGAGAGAUUUAUACGAUGAAACCUUCCGAGACCUGGUACAGUCUGUGAUUGAGGGAUUUAAUGGGACAAUCUUUGCCUACGGACAAACAGGCACAGGCAAAACAUUCACAAUGCAGGGUCCAAAGAAUGACCCUGAGUUACGAGGGGUGAUACCAAAUUCCUUUGAACAUAUUUUUCAACACAUUGCCAGGACUCAAAAUCAACAAUACUUGAUCAGGGCUUCAUAUCUGGAGAUUUAUCAGGAAGAGAUAAGAGACUUGUUAGCCAAAGAUCACAAGAAACGACUGGAGCUUAAAGAGCGCCCUGACACAGGAGUUUACGUAAAGGAUCUCUCUUCAUUUGUUACCAAAAGUGUGAAGGAAAUAGAGCAUGUGAUGAAUGUUGGGAACCAGAAUAGAGCUGUGGGAGCCACAGACAUGAAUGAACACAGCUCCAGAUCUCAUGCCAUUUUCAUCAUUACCAUAGAAUGCAGCACGGAGGACGAGGAAGGGGAGAACCACAUUCGGGUCGGGCGGCUGAAUCUGGUGGAUCUGGCAGGAAGUGAAAGGCAAUCCAAAACCGGAGCCACUGGUACAAGACUUAAGGAAGCUACGAAGAUUAACCUUUCCCUCUCAGCUUUGUGCAAUGUCAUUUCUGCCUUGGUGGACGGUAAAAGUACACACAUUCCGUACAGAGAUGCCAAACUGACGCGUCUCCUACAGGAUUCCUUGGGAGGCAAUGCUAAAACUGUGAUGGUGGCUAACAUUGGUCCAGCCAGUUAUAACUAUGACGAGUCACUGAGCACAUUAAGGUAUGCAAAUCGAGCAAAGGCCAUCAAGAACAAACCAAAGAUCAAUGAAGAUCCAAAAGAUGCCCUGCUUAGAGAGUUUCAGGAGGAAAUCGCAAGGUUGAAGGCGAAUUUGCAGAAGAAGGGAGGACCAAGAAAAGGGAAGCAUGGUAAAAAGAAGAGAAGACACAGACAGACAGCUGAUGGGGAGAUAAUCAGUGAAUCUGAGGAAGAAUCGGGAGAUGAGGAGGAGGGGGAUGAAGGGGAUGAAGAAGCCUACAUGAAGGAACAGCAGGAGAAGUUAGAGAAGCAGAAGGAGGCCAUCCUCAGUAACCAGACCAUGUUACAGGAGGAAAAAGAUCGUUUAAUUGAAGAAGUCCAUGAUAGAGAAGAAAAGCUGAAUUCUGAGAAGCAAGCCAGAGAUGCUUUAGCUUCUAAAAUAAAGGCCAUGGAAAGCAAACUUUUGAUGGGAGGGAAGAAUAUUGUGGACCACACUAAUGAACAGCAGAGGGCGCUGGAACAGAGGAGACGAGAAAUCUCCGACCAGAAGAAAAGGGAAAGAGAAAUUCAACAGAAAUUGGAGGAGAGAGAAGAGAAGGCAAUAGAAAUGGAGGAAGGAUUCCAGUCCUUACAACAGGAAGUGGAAAUCAAAACCAAGAAAUUAAAAAAGCUGUUUGCUAAGUUACAAGCUACAAAACAAGAAAUCGCUGAUAUACAGGAAGAACAUUCCAAAGAGAGACAGGAACUGGAACAGACUCAGAUGGAGCUGACAAGAGAUCUCAAACUCAAGAUGCUGAUCAUUGAAAACUUUAUCCCUCCUGAGGAGAAGAUUAAAUUACAGAACCGAGCUCGGUACAAUGAAGACGAAGACCAAUGGGAACUGAUUCCUUUAGCCAACAAAAGUGCACAGACCAUGGCCAAACGCCCCGUGUCGGCCCUGGGUAAUAAACGACCAGUGUCGGAGUAUGCCAGAGUGGCUGGGGCAAUGGGAGGCCACCCAAGGUUUAAGGGAGAGAACAUUAUCUUGAUUGAUCUGGAUAUGCCGAACCGCACAACAAGAGAUUACGAUGGACCACAGGUGGCGCCAAAGAUUCAGGCAGCGCUGGAUGCGGCCCUAAUGGAUGAAGAAGACAUUGAUAUUGAGGGAGGAACUCCAUCUGUGUUUAGCAAUAAGAAAUCCAAGAAGAAGGAAUCUAGGAUUGCUAAGUUAAAACAGACGAAGAAGGACCAGAGUCAGAUUUUCCCCACGGCCCGAGGCUUGGUGUCCAAGUGACCCUCGAACCAUGAUUAGAUCUACCUCGUCUUUCUCUUCCUGCAAACUGUCUCUGCUGGUGAUUAUGAAACAACAAAUUCAUAGGAGUGAUUAUAAAACAACAAUUCAUAGCAGUGAUUAACAAACAACAAUCCAUAGCAGUGAUUAACAAACAACAAUCCAUAGGAGUGAUUAACAAACAACAAUCCAUAGCAGUGAUUAUAAAACAACAAUCCAUAGGAGCGUAGGAGGGCAUUUCACUUAGUGACACCUGAACAGGUUUAUUUACAAAUUAAGGCAAACGGUUCAGAAGUUUGAUUUGAGGCCUAUUGAUGUUUGAGUUGUUAGCUUGAUGGCAGCACUGUCUGUGAUAUUGUAUAGCAAGUUACUUAAUGUCUUUGUUAUAGCUAUUGAUAUAUCAGUGCUAACAAGAUUCAAUGGAGAAAUCCUUUAUUUUGAUGCAUAUCUGUCUUUCUCUAUAAAAGUACAUAUAUUUAAGUGUAGAUGUAUUAAUUUAUGAGUCACUGUAUUAAAUUAUCCAGUUUUAUAUGUACUUUUUUCUUCUAGUUUAUCAGUAUUUCUGUUGUAGAUUUUGGUAAUAAUGCCGUCCAAUAAAUUUACCUUUUAUUUUAUAUGUAUUGUAUACAUAUUUUUUUCUGUGAUUUUAUUGUAGUAUGUAUUCUGUGUUUUAUCUCCAUUGAGCCCUUGGCUUAAUAGUCCUAAUUCAGGUACCUAUGUAAUGUACAUGCCCUAAACUUAUAGCUGUCCUCUCUAUAAAUAGACUGAAGGAUGAUAAAACUGUAAAUGAGUUUGAUUGACAAAGCUUAAGAGUAUCACAUUCGAAGGUUACACUCUCAGGCUGGCAAUUUAUUCUAAACCAUGUUACGUAGGUCUGGGUUUU